CAAGGGGCCGGCCGGCCGCCGCCUGGGCGCCGCCUGGGCACAUCCGUCUCUCGGCUGCCCACCCCUCCCCAUAUUCGUGGUGUCGCACACGCCCCUGGUCCGGGCUCGUCGAUCGCUUGUGCGAUGUCGCGGACGAGAGCGGUGUUCGCAGAGUAUCAUCGCCAGGGCCGCCCCUGCCAAAGCGCUGGAUGUCAUAAACCGCUAGAUCCCGCACCAGUCUGUGCAACGUUCUUUCCCCUUCUCCUUUGUCUCUGCAGCGCACAUCGUCAGAUCGAUCACCGGACCGGACCAUAUUGCGACCAGCACCCUCCAGCUGAGAGGUGCUGUGAGACAACUACCCGCCGCCGCCGCCGCCAUGGGCCUCAAGGACAGACUCGGCGUCCGCUCGCGCGAGACGACCGACGUCGACGCCACGGCUGCUACCACGGCCACGGGCGCUGAGAUUCUCCCCAGCGUCUCUGCCAACCAUGACCCUGACCGCGAGCUGCGCCGCUUUCGCAAGCAGCACAAGUGGGAUCCUUUCCUCGACAUUGACAAGCUCGACAACAUUGAUGAUGCUCUCGCGUCUGGCAAUGCCGAAAAGGAGGCGGCCAUUGACGAGUCCUUGAUCCAGGAAGACUCGCCGUACCCGGAAGUACGAGCAUCGGUCCCUCCCACCGAUAAGGAAAUGCCCGUCAAUACGCUCCGUGCCUGGGUCAUUGGUAGCAUCCUUUGCACCAUUGUGGCAGCGUGUAACAUCCUGCUCAACCUUCGUCGCACGCCCAUUUCGAUCAACUCUACUGUUGUUCAGUUGAUUGCCUAUCCGAUUGGUGUCGGAUGGGCCAAGUACAUGCCCGACGCCUCGUUCAAAGUGUUCGGCGCUACGAUCGAAGUGAACCCUGGCCCGUUCAACGUCAAGGAGCAUACAAUCAUCACGAUGAUGACUGCCGCAGGCAGCAGCAUCAGCUACUCCAUCGACAUUCUUCUUGCACAGGAGAUCUUCUACAAGCAAUAUUUCAAAUGGGGCUUCCAGAUCCUGCUCAUGCUUUCGACCCAAGCCAUGGGAUUUGGUGUUGCUGGAGUAGCCCGCCGCUUCCUUAUUUGGCCAUCGUCGAUGGUGUGGCCGGCGACCCUGAUUACGUGCACUGUCAUGUACUCCCUGCACGACCAUAGGGCGUCCGACCCCUCCCAGACCAACGGCUGGAAGAUUGGACGUUAUAGCUUCUUCCUGCUUGUCGCUCUGCUGACUUUUGCGUGGGAGUGGUUCCCCUUGGUUAUUGCCCCCUUUCUUAGCUACUUCAUGUGGGCUACGUGGAUUGCGCCCGAGAACGUCGUUGUCAACCAGAUCUUUGGCGGCAAUACUGGUUUAGGUCUGAUUCCGAUCUCUUUCGAUUGGGCCAGUGUCACGGCCUUCUUGAGCAGUCCGCUGCAGACGCCUGCCUUCGCUAUCGCCAAUGUUGCCGCCGGUCUCUUGCUUUCGACGCUCGGUGCGAUUGGUCUCGCCUAUGGCGGACCCGAGUUCUACAGAUACCUACCUAUGAGCGCCAACCAGAACUUCGACCGCUUUGCACAGCCGUAUAACACGUCUCGCAUCUUGAAUGCGGACUUCACCGUCAAUGAGACCGCCUAUAAGGCGUAUUCGCCUAUUCUGCUAGGGCCGACCUUUUCCCUGUCCUAUGGCCUGUCGUUCGCAACGCUCAUCUCUACCGUCACUCACGUUGCCCUCUUUUAUGGAUCCGACGUCUGGAAUCGCGCCUGGGACUCCAAGUAUGAGGAGCCUGAUGUCCAUCUCAAGCUCAUGAGACGGUACAAGGAGGCACCCGAAUGGUGGUUCGCCUCCAUUUUCGUGGUCAGCUUUGCCUUUGGCAUGAUUGCCUGCCAAGUCUGGAAUACCCACCUGCCGUGGUGGGCUUAUAUCAUCUGCAUCCUUAUUGGCGUUGUCUUGUUCGUUCCCAUUGGCAUGGUCCAGGCUAUCACCAACCAGCAGACCGGUCUGAACGUCAUCACCGAAAUGGUCAUCGGCUAUAUGCUCCCGGGACGUCCCGUUGCUAUGAUGCUGUUCAAGUCCUGGGGAUACAUGCUUUCAUACAACGGCUUGACGUACAUUUCCGACAUGAAGGUUGGCCACUACAUGAAGAUCCCGCCCCGCAGCAUGUUCGCCGCUCAGGCGUUUGCUGUGGUGUGGCUGUCUUUCGUGCAAGUCGCCACUUAUAACUUCCUCCGAGGAAAUAUCAAGGAGAUUUGCACGCCUCAUCAGUCACAAGGAUUAACCUGCCCCAACGCUCGGACGUUCUACAACGCUAGCGUGAUUUGGGGUGCCAUUGGACCGAAGCGAGUCUUCGGUGCGGGUGCGAUUUACUCUUGGACGAACUGGUUCUGGUUCAUCGGUUUUGCUAUUCCUGUGAUCCAGUUCAUUGUCGCCCGGCGCUAUCCCCGCAGCUGGACUCGAUACAUCAUUGCCCCAGCCAUCUUUGGUGCUGCUGGCCAAAUCCCUCCGGCCACACUCUAUUUCCUGUUGCAGUGGGUCAUCGUUGGCCUUAUCUUCAACGGUUUGAUCCGUCGCAGGUUUUUCGGCUGGUGGAGUCGCUACAACUACGCCAUGUCGGGUGCACUCGAUAUCGGCACAGCUCUGUGCACCGUCAUUUCGGGUCUUGGUCUUGGACUUAGCGAGACAAGCUUCCCUGACUGGUGGGGGACGCUCGUCUGGCAGAACACGCUCGAUUAUAAUGGGACUGCGGUCACAAGGCAAUUCAUCGAGAACGUGACGGAACCCCUGGGCCCAAGCAGCUGGUAGAUGGACAUGAAUAUCUCGAGACCUUGCUGGUGGCAGCUUUGAUCUAGUUUCUAGCUAGUAUGGAGAACGAAUAUGAUGCCCUGAACCAAAA